AUGCAAGCAUCAAUUUUGUCUACGUCUACUGCCACGCCUGUGUCUGGCGCCCUCGUUAACUCCACGUCUGCGUCCGGGCAAGACCGCGGCGCCUACGACGACGCCCUUACGUUGUACAAGACUUUGCGUGCCGAUGACGAUUCCUCCAUGGCCGACAAGGUGCACACGGCACUCGACGUGGUGGAGCAGGCGCUACGAUUGUAUGGCCCAUCGCAUGUCUUUGCCUCGUACAACGGGGGAAAGGACGCAGUGGUAGUAAUGCACCUCCUCCGCGCGGCCCUCGCCCGCCAUGUCCAAGCCUACGACCUCGACAGCCCCGCCCCUGCAGACACCGCCUCCUCCUCACCGUCCUCGGGCCCCAGCACUAUCCCUCGCCCUCGACUGGUCUAUUUCGAGCAACCGUCCACUGAGUUUCCGGAGGUGAAAGCCCUGGUUUCCCAAACUACUCAACGGUACGACCUGGAUUUGCGCGUGUACCAGGACGUGCCUUUUGCUCAAGGGCUCAAGGCCUGCAUCGAGGGCGAAGGCGGCGCGCCUCUGGCUUUUCUAUUGGGUACCCGGAAAGGCGACCCGAACUGCAAGGAGCAAGAAACCUUCGCGCCAAGCAGCACCUGGAUGCCGGCCUUCAUGCGCGUCAACCCGAUCCUGUCCUGGACCUACGGGGAGAUAUGGCAUUUUUUACGCCGCUACAAUCUGCCCUACUGCUCCCUGUACGACCAAGGGUACACGUCGCUGGGGAAGGUCGAUGACACAAGGCCUAAUCCGGCCUUAGCCAAGUCGCGGGCCCGGGACGACGCGCAGGAGGGAGGGGAAGGGGGAGGCGCGGGUGGGGUGGGCGGAGGGGAGUUCUACCCGGCCUACAUGCUGACGGAUUGGGAUCUGGAGAGGGCAGGCAGGGUAGACAAGAAGAAAGAGGCGACAGCACGAGCCGUGUCCAAUGAGGGGGUGGAAGGCGAUGGGUGUAGAGCGGUGGAGGAGGCGGCGGCUGCAGCAGCAAAAGCGGCCGCGCAGGGAGAAGGGAAGACGCCAGUCAUGUCCACAAAGGCGUCAAGUAAAGGGUGGAACAAAGCCAGCGGUGGCCAGAGCAAAGAGGCGGCCGAGGGCGGUGGGUCGAGGGAGAGCGUGAAGACGGCGGGGCUGGUCAUCAUCGGCGACGAGAUCCUGAAGGGGAAGACAUCGGACACGAACUCGCUCUAUGCGGCGAGGAGAUUGCGGGAGAAAGGUAUGGCAGUGCAGCGAAUCGUGGUCCUUUCUGAUAACCACGCAGACAUCGAGCAGGAAGUUCGACGACAAGCCUCCUUGUUUGAUGUGGUCAUCACGAGUGGGGGAGUGGGCCCUACCCAUGACGACAUAACUAUUAAGGCCGUGGCGGCGGCUUUGGGGCAAGGCGUGCAAGAAAAUGAAGAAAUGAUCCAGCGCCUGCAAGACGCCUAUGGGGUAGCCUCCAGGGAUGAUCUAAGCGAAGGACAACGAAAAAUGGCCCUCCUUCCUGAGCAAGCCCGCCUACGCGUCCCUCCCCCACCGCCCUCCCCGACCCCUGCACCCACUCCCCCCUCCGCGUUCACCACAGAGGCUACAACCGUGGCAGCAACCACAGCCACGGCAGCAGCUGUGGUUGCGGUCGCUUCCAAAACCAAAGUGUGGCCCAUUUUGAUGUGCGGAAACGUUUACGUUCUUCCAGGAGUACCGUCCUUUUUCGAAGCCAAAAUGGACACCAUCGUCGACCACUUCUUGAACCACUUCCCCAUUUACACCCGGAAAAUUGUCCUGGGAUUGGACGAAGUGGAAAUCGUUGAGGCGUUGAACCAAGCGGUGGCUCAUUUCGAGCCAGAAGGUUGCGUGUUUGGGAGCUAUCCAUUCUAUGGGGAGACCCGCCCGCGGGUAGUUAUCACAUUAGAAAGCGGGUGCGAGAAGACGGUGGAGGCGGCCACAGCGUUUCUGAUCGAAAACAUACCUAAAGAGGCGGUUUUACAGGUGGGCAAGGAUGACGAUUUGAGAGGCGGAGAGGGGCAGGUCCUCGAUGGAGAGAUACAAGGAAGGCACCCAUUGUAA